AUUUUUUCGAGUUGGUAUUGGGAAAAUAUAAAUAAAAUUAAUUAACGAUGACAUUAAUUAAACGUUUGGUGACUAGUAAUCUAGUUAACCGUUUAAAUAACCUUAAAACCCUCAACAAUAAUGGUUAUUGUACACAUUUGAAAUUUGCCGAACACAAACCAAUUGAAAAAAUCCGCAAUAUCGGUAUCUCAGCUCACAUUGACAGCGGUAAGACCACCUUGACGGAACGUAUCUUGUUCUAUACCGGUCGUAUUGCUGCCAUGCACGAGGUCCGUGGUAAAGACAAUGUGGGUGCAACUAUGGACUCUAUGGAAUUGGAAAGACAACGUGGUAUUACAAUUCAAUCUGCAGCCACCUACACCCUGUGGAAGGACACAAACAUCAAUAUCAUCGAUACACCUGGCCAUGUGGAUUUUACCGUAGAAGUCGAAAGAGCUUUGCGUGUUUUGGAUGGUGCAAUUUUGGUACUCUGUGCCGUAGGCGGUGUCCAAUCUCAAACGUUGACUGUCAACCGUCAAAUGAAACGUUACAAUGUACCCUGUUUGGGUUUCAUCAACAAACUCGAUCGUAUGGGUUCCAACCCCUAUAGAGUGUUGUCGCAAAUGCGUUCCAAAAUGAAUCACAACGCUGCUUUCAUCCAAUUGCCUAUUGGUUUGGAAAGUGACUGCAAGGGUAUUGUUGACUUAGUGGGAGAGAAGGCUAUCUAUUUCGAAGGUCCCUUGGGUACGGAUAUAAGAUACGAUGAAAUCCCCAAGGAUAUGCGCACCGAAUCCGAUGAAAGACGCCAAGAACUCAUUGAACAUUUGUCCAAUGUUGAUGACACUUUGGGUGAAAUGUUUUUGGAGGAGAAAGCUCUUACGGAAAAUGACAUCAAGGCUGCCUUGAGAAGAACAUGUAUCAAGCGUACAUUCACGCCUGUUUUGGUUGGUACAGCAUUGAAAAACAAAGGCAUACAACCCUUGCUGGAUGCUGUCAUUGACUACUUGCCCCAUCCCGGAGAGGUAGAAAACAUUGCCAUGAUUGAGGAAGACGGCAAGGAACCACAAACUAUUGUCUUGAAUCCUGCACGCGAUGGCAAAGAUCCAUUUGUGGGUUUAGCCUUUAAAUUGGAAGCCGGUCGUUUUGGUCAAUUGACAUAUUUGCGUUGUUAUCAAGGUGUAUUGCGUAAAGGCGAUACCAUCUUCAAUUCCAGAACCAACAAAAAGGUGCGUCUGGCCCGUUUAGUACGCCUGCAUUCCAACAACAUGGAGGAUGUCAACGAGGUAUAUGCUGGUGACAUUUUCGCCUUGUUUGGCGUUGAUUGUGCCUCCGGUGAUACCUUCACCACCAAUCCACGUGAUGGCCUAAGUAUGGAGUCGAUUUAUGUACCCGAUCCCGUUGUAUCGAUGGCAAUCACACCAAACAAUCCCAAGGAUCGUGAUAACUUCGCCAAGGCUGUACAAAGAUUUACCAAGGAAGAUCCCACCUUCCAUUUCUAUUAUGACAACGAUGUUAAGGAGACUUUGGUAUCUGGCAUGGGUGAAUUGCAUUUGGAAAUCUAUGCCCAACGUAUGGAACGUGAAUACAACUGUCCCGUUACCCUGGGCAAGCCCAAGGUUGCUUUCAGAGAAACAUUGGUGGCACCCUGCUCAUUCGAUUAUUUGCAUAAGAAACAAUCGGGUGGUUCCGGUCAAUAUGCCCGUAUCAUUGGUGUCAUGGAACCAUUGCCACCACAUCAAAACACCCUAUUGGAAUUUGUUGAUGAGACCAUUGGUACAAAUGUGCCCAAACAAUUUAUACCUGGUGUAGAGAAGGGUUUCCGUGAAAUGGCCCAAAAGGGUAUGUUGUCGGGUCACAAAUUGUCUGGCAUCCGAUUCCGUUUGCAAGAUGGUGGACACCACAUUGUAGAUUCCAGUGAAUUGGCGUUUAUGUUGGCUGCCCAUGGUGCCAUUAAGGAAGUAUUCCAACAAGGUGCAUGGCAAAUUCUUGAACCCAUUAUGUUGGUGGAAGUAACAGCCCCCGAAGAAUUCCAAGGCGCUGUAAUGGGUCAAUUGAAUAAACGUCAUGGUAUUAUUACCGGUACCGAUGGUAACGAGGGAUGGUUUACCGUCUAUGCUGAAGUUCCACUUAAUGAUAUGUUUGGUUAUGCUGGUGAAUUGAGAUCAAGCACCCAGGGUAAAGGUGAAUUCACAAUGGAAUAUUCCCGUUAUUCACCAUGUUUGCCCGAUGUACAAGAACAAAUUGUACGUCAAUAUCAGGAAGCACAGGGCUUGAUUCAACCCGACAAAAAGAAAAAGAAGAACUAAGCUAUCAUAUUUCCAAAAUUCAUCUAUGUUAUAAGUCGAAUAACCUGUUCUAGAAUUAUUAUGUUUAUAAUUUUCAAUAAUUUUAAUUUAAUUUUGUUAAAAUACAUUUUUUGUACAGCUGUGAUACAAACAAUAUAAAAGAAGAAAA